AUGGUGGUCACCCUCGGCCCGACAAGCGACUUGGACUGGCUCAGGUUCUCCUACCUGCUCCGCAAUAAGAACCUGAGCUUCGACGACAUUGCAGAGCUUGUGUCGCGAUAUGUGCCCGAUGAUGGCGAUCUCCCGGAAAACGAUGUCACGCAAGAAGAGGUUACAGCUGUCGGGGAAUCGGACGCGCGCAAUAGUACAUGGCGAGUUUCUGUACGUCGAUCGGGGGUGGUUGAAUGGGACGUGUCGACCCUUGGGAAAGAAGGGCAUGCAUCAACAACGAGCGGCGGUGGAAACGACAGAGUCCAGUCCAGUGAGCCAAGCUGCGGAGCGGAACUUCUUAAGACCAACGGCAUAGACGUCUGCCACCACGGUCCACCUCAGCCUCCAAAUCCUCCAGAGGCUGUGAGGAUCGAUGGAACGACGGAGCAAUCAGCCAGACAGGAUGAUGUCGAAGAUCUAGACCAGUCUGAUGAUCGACGUUCCAGCGAAGACCAUGAGAUAUCCCGAUCAUGUUUCUCAUCCGAUUCAUCAGCUGACUCAGUCGACUUUUCGAAAGCGGAAAUCGGCAUGCAGGUGACUAGGAUGAGACCUACCAUGUUAUCCUGGCUGAGGCCAAAGAGAAAAUAUGACAGCCUCCAAGAAAACACACGACCAAACUCACCAGGUCCUAAGGAAUCCUCUGUAGGCCUCUGGAAGCGAAUCAGCAGAACAACAUCCCACUCCACAAUGAACACCACUCUGGUGGGGAAGUUUGACCAGAAAUUGCAAGCCAAACUCUCCAAUGCCAAGUUGCGAGCUUCUGGCGCGAGCCAGAUACCAGCCAACGAAUGCCAUCCUGCGUUCAGGGAACAAGCCGACGCGUCAAAUGCCCAACCAGAUCUGUCCACCUCAGCUCACAUCCUCAACGCCAUGCGGACUCUCAACAGCCAUCGCGCAAGCCAAAGCGUGCCUAGCGACACCAAGCCCCAAAGAGGGAGUCACAACUCUAGCUUCAGCAGACCCAGGCCUUGCAGCACUCACUCCACCAACAUCAUGCCAUAUGGUUUCCACCGGCCGUACAGGCCUAGCCCAUUGAAGCACGUAACGCGUGUCACAUCGCUGGAUGUGAACAAAGGACUUCCGCCCCUGCCCCCGGAAGCGCGACGGCUGGCGCACCAAGCUUCACACGCGAGGUUGAAGGACCUGCAGGCUGUGAAGAAGGUGGAUAUUCGGAAGGCGAUCAAUGAGUAUGUAGGUGAGAUGGCGAAGGCGUAUUGA